GUAAUAUAAUACGUGUUGCAUACAUUAGGGCUUAUAUAUUUUUCGUAGUUGGCAGCAAAAUUUACAUGGGCUAACCCCAAAACUCCAUGCCAUGGAUUUGUUAACAGAAAUGGCAAGUGGCAAGCAAAUUACCUAACCAUACUUAAUAAACCAAAAUGCAUAAAAUUAAAUUAGAAAACAAUUUAAGGUACAUAUUAGGACAACAAAUAUGUCAGAAAUUUUGUUCCUUCUCUAAAACAUUGGUGAGCAAUUUUAAAAAUGACUGUACCUAUUUUUUCACAACAGAAUUCAAAAUUUGAACUUUGUAUGAAAGAAUAUAUUAUAGAGACAUAUGCAUCUAUAUUCUUUUAUUGAAUGCUUAUAUUUGAUUGAAGAUUAUAUUCAACACAAAAUAAAAAUAAUCAAAGUGAAGAUGUCCUUGUAGUACAACAAAAUCAAAUAUUUAAUAUAGUCUUAAUAAAGACUUUACAAUUUGUGAUUCUGUUACCUUGAAGUGGGAAUGGAUCCUCCAAUAGAACCCCUUGAAUCUGACUGUUGCAACUCUGGAUGUAAUCCAUGCAUUUUAGAUAUUUAUGAAGAGCAACUGAAGAAGUACAACCAAAGAAAAACACAAGAAAAAAAUCAAAUAGUGCAUAUGAACUGUAUAUUACCUACCGCUUACACGGUAUUUACAGUAAACAAUAUCGAACCACAUUGUAAAGAUGCAGUUUUUAUAACUUUUGAGUAUAGUCGAUUUAUUAAACAAACUGACCAUGGAAAUGAUGUGAAACCUUUAAAGGUUAUGUUUAAUCCAGGACAAUACUUAAUGUUAAAAACAGGACCAACAAACCAAGAAUUCCAAAGACCAUAUACACCCCUACCUACAGAAAACGCUGACAAUUUGAAGUUUACAGUGUUAAUAAAAUUAUAUGAAAUAGGACAAAUGUCUUCCUAUAUAAGAAAAUUAAAAUGUGGUUCAAAUACAGUAUGGCGAGGACCAUAUGGCAAUUUUUCUAUAAAUUAUUCAUACAAACACAUCCUUCUUAUUGCUCAAGGUGUAGGUAUUACAUCCCUUUAUGGUAUUAUUUGUGAUAUAAUCAAACAAGAAGAGUGUGACUCGUUUUUAAAACUCUAUUUCUGUUGUAAAAGUUUUGAUACAAUUUAUUUAAGAAACAAAUUAUAUAGUUUACAGAGUAACUGGAAUUUCAGCUACGAAUUAUUUUUAAGUAACCCAGAAAAUGUUGAUGAGAAGUACAAUGAGACUGUUCACAAAGCGAAGUUAGAAGUGGAUGUUUUGAAAACAUAUCUCAAGGAUAAAGUUGAUAAUACGCAGGUUUUAAUAUGUGGAAACGAACAUUUUAUGCAGUGUUUUAAAGAAAUUGUUAUAUGUUGUAAAGUUGAUGAAAAAAAUAUAGUUCUUUUUUAAAUG